AUGCAAACGCUUUUACUGAUCAAUGAUGAGCUGAAGAUUCAUGCACAACUUGUGAAGGCUGAGAUCAGAAAAAUUUAUGACAAAGUUCUGAAGUCAUCACCAUUUACUUUUGCCAAGACUCCUACUUUGGGGUUCAUCGAUUUUUUAUUAAAAGCCUUAGACGACCUGCGGACAUGUAGGGCUGAUCUGAUUGCUUAUGUGAAAAAUGAGACUGAAACAGUACGGAGUGAGCUGAUAUUCUUGAGAUCAUUCCUCAGAAAGACACUAGAGCACUGCAAGAAGGUUGAAGAAUUUGAAGAUCUAGAGAAUCGUGUUGUAGCUGCAGCAUAUGAGGCAGAAUAUGUCAUUGAUUUAGUCGCUCCAGGUGAUGGCCCUCUCUGGUAUCAUGUGUUGUGGUUAUCGGAUGUCAUAGAAAAGUUUAAGCAUUUGAGGCCACGAGUAACAGAUAUCUAUGAUGCAAAGAUGCACGAGAAAACUGUUCACAGAAUUGCGAAGCCUUCUAAUAAUGAAUUAUCACGAGAUUAUCAAUUUGUUGAUGAAGAGGUGGUGGGCUUCAAAGAUGAGGCAGAAAAGUUAAUAGACCGGCUUCAAAGAGGUUCGAAAGAACUGGGUGUUAUCUCCAUCACUGGUAAUGGAAUUGUUUUGCUUAAUGACAAAGUUUGGGAAAUGAGCAUUGAUGAUUUGGCUGAAGCCCUGUCCAGAAGUCUUAAAGGAAGGAUGUAUUUCAUUGUCUUGGAUGACAUAUGGAACCCUCAGGCGUGGCAUGACUUAAGAAACUCUUUCCCAGAUGAUCAUAAUGGAAGCCGAAUUGUAUUCACAAGUCGAGUCCAUGACAUUGCUUUAUUAGCAAACCCUGGUGGUUCCCCACAUCAUCUUCGCUUAUUUACUGAAGAAGAAAGUUGGGAAUUAUUUCAGAAAAACGUGUUCCAACAAAAGAUCUGCCCUCCAGAACUAUGUAAUGUUGGAAAGAAAAUUGCAAUAGAGUGUAGAGGAUUGCCUCUUUCAGUUGUUCUGGUAGCUGGACUUCUCAGGAAAAUAACAAUGACUGAAGAUCAUUGGAAUGAAAUUGCAGAAAGUGUAAGCAAACAUAUUGGAGGAGGAAAGGCUUUGGACACAUUGGAAAUGAGUUACAGGCAUUUACCAGGUCAUUUGAAACCAUGCUUUCUUUAUUUUGGGAUGUUUCCAGAGGACAGAGAAAUUUCUGUCAGGAGAUUAAUAUGGUUGUGGAUAGCUGAAGGAUUUGUAAGAACAACAGAGAUGAAAAGCUUGGAAGAUUUAGCAGAGGGUUUCCUGAUGGAUCUAAUUGGUCGAAGCCUGAGAAUGCCUACCCGUCAAAUCUUCACCAAAAGGGGAUAUGUAUUUCUUCUCAUGCAGAAAACUUCAAAGACAGGUAAACUACCCAACCUUGAGGUCCUUAAACUCUAUGGAUCAGCCUUCCAGGGCAAAGAAUGGGUGGUAGAGGAUGGAGAAUUCCUCAAUCUCAAAUUCCUGGAAUUGGACAGGGUGGACAUUGUCUUCUGGAAUGCUUCUGAUGACCCUUUCCCUAGUUUGCUGCGGUUGUUAGUAAAAGAAUGCUGGCAACUCGACGGGGUCCCAUCUAGCUUAGGAGAUAUAACAACACUAGAAAUGAUUGAGGUGCACUGGUGUAGCUGCUCUGCUGAGAAAUCAGUAAAGCAAAUUCAGGAAGAACAAAAUGAGAUGGGAAAUUAUGGGCUCAAGGUGCUUAUGAAACCUCUAUGGAUGUAUUAA